AUGUUCGCAUUGUUAUUGAUCUUGACUUGCUGCCAACUGUGGAGUUGGCCCGCUGAGAGUGCCGCCAUUAGUGAACCAGUGCCAAUCCUCAAAUCUUUGGGUUUACGACUGAGCUCGGGCACCUACUUAUUCAUGUACGAGAACGGAGAUGGUAGUUAUCGCGAGGAGCUGGGCAUUGUGGGUUCCGACGACUUGAAUGUGCCCAUUGGGGACCUGGAGGUGUCCGGUGUUUAUGGCUAUGUGGAUGACAAAGGCCAGGAGCUACAGGUCAGAUAUAAGGCGAAUAAGAACAAUGGGUUUCUGCCACAUGUUAAGUACGUUUCCGCGGGGCAGCUAAUAAACAAAUCGCCUUAG